AUGAUUUAUGGUAGUUUUACCACUUACUUUCCGCGUCGGAUGGCUGGAGCUGCCGCAUUAUGCGCUGCGGUAGCCUACAGUGUCUCGUUACAACCACCAGCUCGUCAAGACGCUCAUAGAACCAUGGGAGGUGACGUUCGCUGUGCACUUUUAAUACCAGACACAGCCACGAGUGUGCGGAAGCAACAGCGUGGUCAUAACCGUAUGGAUUCAUGGCUGGUCACACGUAGACAUCUCCAACAAGAGUACGUUCUUGAGGGCGUCAUUGGUGAAGGUGGUUUUGGUCUUGUCCACGUUGGUCGCCAUCGUGGCUCAAAUGCACGCGUAGCUAUCAAGCGCGUGUCAAAACAACGUACAACUCGUGAAAAUUUUCUUCAGGAAGUUGCAAUUCUACAACAAGUAGGAGGAACACACAAUGUCUUGGCAUUACGUGAAGCAUUUGAGACAUCGGAUGCGUAUGUACUCGUGACGGAAUUAGUCACAGGUGGUGAAUUGUACGACGAUUUAGUACAACAUGGUGUGUUUGAAGAAGACCGUGCAAAGGAUUUGGUACGUGAAUUGGCCAGUACUUUAGAGUAUCUUCACUCUCGAAAAGUGGUUCACGCGGAUUUAAAGCCCGAGAAUAUUUUACUCUCACGUGACAACGAAACGGGUUUGCGACUGAUUGAUUUUGGACAGUCUUUUCGACUUAAUGACAAUAGUCGACCUCAACUUGAUGUAUGUACAACUGCGUAUGCGUCGCCAGAAGUUAUGCAACAUCGAACAUCGGGCUGUGCCAUGGAUAUGAAGAAUUACAAGAACGAAUUUUCAAUGGAGAUUUUGACUGUGCGUCUUCGAGAUGGGCUUGUAUCUCGGACUGUGCACAAGAUCUCAUUCGUCGAAUGUUAA